CUGCUCAGGAGCGGGAUACGAGAUUCGAGAUGGAGUGUUGAUUUAGUGUGCGUUAAAAGGCACUGCGCUUUGGCUUUUUUAAGAUCUGGGACAUUCUUGCGCACGCACUUUGUGCUCUCAAGUGGCCAAGACCGCAAGGAUAUUUGGACAGGGCAACUGACUGACAGCAUUUCGAACCAAUAGCAGUCCCGAGGGUUUGAGCGAAAAUGACAGACCGAGGAGGAGGAAAAAGAAAAACUGGGAGGGAAGUAACACUCCCACCUAAAAAUGUUUGUGACAAAGAAAGAAACAAACUAUCAUUCUCGAAUGAGUAUCAGCUAAAACAUUUUCAGCACAUUUCUUAUGUCUAAUGUCCAAAUCAUAGUUUUGGACUAUUAAGAGACCAUCGCAUCAAACGCUGAUAUGGAUCAGAGACAGAAAAGCAAGAACUGUGGUUUGUUUACACAAUGACAGGAAGACUACUGGAACCGAUAUAAACUUCAACGUGUGCAAGGCAAAACUGAAUCUUGAGACAUUUGGAGACAGUGCGAUUUUUGGCAAAAACCAGAGCUAAAAUCUUGAUGGAGACACAAAUGGAGGCUCCCGGUAAGGUGAGUCUAAGUGAGGAGGGAGAGAAGAGUGUUGUUGUUCAUUACCAGAACCAGAGAGCAGCAUCUCCAGAGCCCAGCUGUGUGUCUAUGAAGAGUGACGGAUCCAUGCGUCAUCCCCCUGAUCUCAGUGAUGAGACCUUUAACACCAGACAAAAGAGAAGUCAGACAGAAUCAUGUUCGGCAUCCUCCUGUGUGUCUAUGAAGAGUGAUGGAUCUAUGCGUCAUCCCCCUGAUCUCAGUGAUGAAGCAAUGACCACCGACCCUGUAAAUAAAAUCUUGAAGACGCAGAAAAACACCACCUCAAAAACGAGUCCCAGUGAGGUGAGAGAGGAUGGAGAUUUUGUUCAUUAUCAGAACCAGAGAGCAGCAUCUCUCGAGCCCAGCUGUGUGUCUUUGAAGAGUGAUGUAUCUAUGCGUCAUCCCCCUGAUCUCAGUGAUAGAACAGUGACUUCUGAUUGUGUUGUGGAUAGAGAUGAUCAGACUAAAAUCCUGACGCAGGUUCUUCACCAUCUAGUUGAUGAUGAACUACAGACAGUCAUAGAAAAACAUAAAAGCAGCAUGAAGAAAAAGUGUGAGAGCUUAUUUGAGCCAGUCAAACUACAAGAUAAUCAAACCCUCCUAAACAAGAUCUACACACAACUAUACAUCAUAGAGGGAGAGAGUGAAUGGGUAAAUGAAGAACACAAGGUUUUACAUGUUGAGAAAUCACCCAGAACACAACACUCACAAGAUACUCUAAUCUACUGUAACGAUAUCUUUAAACCAUUAACUGAACCAGGAUUUGACAAGAAAGACAAGUUAAAGGUUGUUCUUACUAAAGGCAUUGCUGGAAUUGGAAAAAGUGUCUCUGUGCAGAAGUUCAUUCUGGAUUGGGCUGAGGGAAAAGCUAAUCAGGAUAUAGAUUUUAUGUUUGUGCUUCCAUUUCGAGAGCUAAACUUGAUUCAAGAUGAUCAGUACAGUCUUCACAAACUUUUGCUUGACUUUCAUCCUAAACUUCAAGAACUGAACCCAAGGAUUUUUGAGGAGAGCGAAGUUGUGUUCAUCUUCGAUGGUCUGGAUGAAAGCAGAAUUACACUGAUGUUUUCAGACAAUGAGAAAGUUUCUGAUGUGACUCAGACUUCAACAGUGGGUGUGUUGAUAUCAAACCUCCUAAAAGGAGAACUGCUUCCCUCUGCUUUCAUCUGGAUCACCUCCAGACCAGCAGCAGCCGAACAGAUCCCUUCCAAGUACAUUAACCGUGUGACAGAAAUUCAGGGAUUUGAUGAGCCUCAGAAGGAGGAAUAUUUUAGGAAGAGAAUCAGUGAUGAGGAUCAAGUUAGCAGAGUUAUAUCUCAUAUUAGAAAAGCAAGAAGCCUCCACAUCAUGUGCCACAUACCAGUCUUCUGUUGUAUCUCAGCCACUGUUCUUGAGAAAAUUCUGAAACAAGGUACAGAAAUACCACAAACUCUGACUGAAAUGUACAUCCACUUCCUGCUCAUUCAGACAAGCAUGAAGAAUCAGAAGUAUGAAGAGGGAGAUACACAGAAGCUUAUGCAGUCCAACAGAGAAGUGAUUGUGAAACUUGGUGAACUGGCUUUCAAACAGCUGAUGAAGGGUAAUGUCAUGUUCUAUGAGGAGGACUUGAGAGACUGUUGCAUAGACAUCACUGCCGCCGUGUAUUCUGGGAUUUGCACUGAGAUCUUUAAGCAGGAAUCUGUGAUUCAGCACAGAAAAGUGUACUGCUUCAUACAUCUGAGCUUUCAGGAGUUUCUAGCUGCUUUCUAUGUGUUUUUCUCCCAUUUGAUGAAGAACAUGGAGCCAUUGCAGUUGUUUCUACAUGAAGAAUGUGAACAUUCUGAAAAUAAGCAAGAGCGGUCUCGGAGAAACGCUUUGUGUGAACUACUAACUUCAGCUGCCACUAAAACUCUUAAGAAUAAAAAUGGACACCUGGAUCUUUUUCUGCGGUUCCUGCUAGGCAUCUCACUGGAGUCCAAUCAGAGACUCUUACAGGAUCUACUGACAUACACAGAGAACAGCUCAGAAACCAUCAAAGAAACCGCACAGUACAUUAAAGACAGAAUCAAUUGUUAUAAUCUCUCAGCUGAUAGAUCCAUCAGUCUGUUUCUCUGUCUACUAGAAGUGAAUGAUCAGACUCUGUGCACAGAGAUUCAGGAGUUUGUAAAAUCAGACCAACACUCAGAGAAGAGACUCUCUCCUGUUCACUGCUCAGCAAUAGCCUACAUGUUUCAGAUGUCAGAAGAGGUGCUGGAUAAGUUUGAGCCUACAAAAUACAACACAUCAUAUGAGGGGAGAUGGAGACUGAUACCAGCUGUAAUGAACUGCAAAAAAGCUCUGCUCGCUGGAUGCUGUCUCUCUAAUCAGCACUGUGAAACUGUGUGUUCAGCUCUACAAUCAUCAAAUUCCUAUCUGAGAGAGCUGGACAUGAGUAACAAUGACCUGCUGGAUUUAGGAGUGAGGCUGCUCUGUGCUGGACUGAAGAAUUCACACUGUCAUCUCAACAUAUUGAGACUUGCUGGAUGUCGUCUAACUGAUAGCCACUGUGAACAUUUGUCAUCAGCUAUACAAUCCCCAAACUCCCGUCUGUGUGAGUUGGACCUGAGUAACAAUGUCCUUCAGAAUUCUGGAGUGAAGCUACUCUGUGCUGGACUGGAGAAUUCCUACUGUCAACUAAACAUACUGAGACUUGCUGGAUGUUGUCUCUCUGAUCACCACUGUGAAAGUUUGUCUUCAGCUCUACAAUCAUCAAACUCUUGUCUGAGAGAACUGGACCUGAGUAACAAUGACAUACAUGAUUCAGGAGUCAAGCUACUCUCUGCUGGAUUAAAGAAUGCGCACUGUCAGCUGAACAUACUAAGAUUGGCAGGUUGUAGACUGACUAGUCAAUGUUGUGAAAGUUUAUCGUCAGUUCUACAAUCAUCAGACUCCCAUCUGAGAGAGCUGGACUUGAGUAACAAUGACCUGCAGGAUUCAGGAGUGAUGUUGCUUGCUGCUGGACUGGAGAGUUCACAAUCACCAGUGAAGACGCUAAGAUUGGUCAUCUGUAAUCUCACGGAUCUAUGCUGUGAAAGUUUGUCUUCAGCUCUACAGUCACCAAACUCCUGCCUGAGAGAGCUGGACCUGAGUAACAAUGACCUGCAGGAUUCAGGAGUAAAGCUACUCUGUACUGGACUGAAGAGUACACAGUGUCAACUGAACAUACUAAGAUUGUCUGGCUGUAAGAUGACCGAGGAAAGUUGUCGUUAUGUGUGUUCAGCACUGACUUCGAAUCCCUCACACCUGAGAGAGCUUGAUCUAAGCUACAAUCACCCAGGAGAAUCAGGAGUCAAGCUGCUGACUGAUACACUGAACAAUGCACUGGACAAUCUGAAUGUGGAUCAUGGAGGGGAGCUCAGGAUUGCAGCAGGACUACAGAAAUAUGCCUGGGAUCUCACGCUAGAUCCAAAUACAGCAAACAGCCAUCUAAUUCUUUCUGAGGAGAACAGAAAGGUGACAUAUGUGGAAGAAAGUCAGUCAUACCCUGAUCACGCAGAGAGAUUUGAUGGAUGGCCUCAGGUUCUCUGUAGAGAGAGCCUGUCUGGACGCUGCUACUGGGAGGCUGAAUGGAGCGGAUAUGCUGUUACAUCAGUGGCAUAUAUAGGAAUCUGCCGAAAAGGAUGGAAUGAAUUCUCUGAGUUUGGAUAUAAUAGGAACAACAGAAAUUCCUGGAGUCUGAUCUGCUCUGACAGUUUUAUUGCCUGUCAUGAUAAUAAGGAAACUGUCAUACACGUCCCUCCAUGCUCCUCUAAGAGAAUAGGAGUGUAUGUGGAUUGGUCGGCUGGUACUCUGUCCUUCUACAGUGUCUCUAACACACUCACACAUUUGCACACAUUCACAUCCACAUUCACUGAGCCUCUUUAUGCUGGAUUUGGGGUUUAUCGUUCAAACUCCUCAGUGGCUCUAUGUGACAUUAAAAAGCCUUACACACAUCUGACUGAAGUAAAUGUGAAGGCCUGUUUAUCUUCACACAAAAGCUGAUUUAUCUUUCACACAGUAAAUUAGAAUGUAAUUUAUGUAUUAUAUAUCCCAUGUAAAAAUGAACAAAGUUUAUGAUUAGCAAUGAUACCAGUAGUUCAAUGUAACAGUUUAUCUGUAGCAUUUACCUCAAAGGGAAAUAUGUUUAAACAUUUCUGAAUAAAAAUCAGCGGUAAGAAUUAAAUGAUGCAGCAGUAUUAAAAUUACAGUCAACUCUUCUGUUUGUCCAGUGUAAUCGUCUAUCAAAUGUCUGUUUUUACUGUAUACAGUACUACUCAUAGCAUGUAGCAAGUCAAGUUCAGAUUGUUUAAGAUUGAUUGUCAACUCAGGAUUUAGGGAGUAUGUCAGAUAAGAGAGGCACAGAAAAUGUGCAAGGGGCCAGAUCCAUCCCAGAGCUAGUGCUACACGAGCUUUUGUGCUUAAAAAGUAUAAAAAAAAAUUGUAUGACCUCACAAAUGCUCUACUAGAUUAAUGGGCAAAAAUCACCACAGAAACUCCAAAAUUUUGGGGAAAGCCUUCUCAGAAGAGUGAAAGCUGUUAUGGCUGUUAAAGGGGAGAACAACUCCAUAUUAAUGUCAAUGUAUUUAGAAUGCAGUGUCAUUAAGGUCCCAAUUUGUAUGUGUGUAUAAGCACGAGGGAAGGCACUGCCACCUAAUGGGUACUCCUGGCAGCAGCCUAACAUUAAAACUGACCAUGGUGUUUCUUAUUUGUCUGACAAAAUUUGUUAGCAUACCUGGUUAAAAAAAAGUUUCCUCUUACCACUGCGAUAUACAUAAAAUGUAUAUAUUUGCCACAAUAUAUGUUGUCAUACCAUACUGAACUGAACUGGCAACACAACAAAAUCAUACAGUUGUGUUUUUAUCUUUAUUUACUCACUGUGUCUGACAUCCACAGACUCUUAUUUUGAUGAUAUUUCUGCUCCAGAAAUACUAUUCCCUACUUACCUUGUGUAUGUCUAGCUAUGUUGUUUUUCUCCAGUUUGUCUGAAGUUUUUCUUGCGCACCAAGAAAAGAAACAAGAAA